AUGAUGUUAAGUUAUAAAUUGCCAAUGUUUUGUACAUUGGUAUUAUUAACAUCAUUGUUGUUGAUGAUCAUUGAACAUGAACAGUAUUAUGUCAAUGCCGUCAAGUUAGAGUUUAAUGGUAACUACUACGAGUUCAACCCAACCAAUGUACAAUACAAAGAUGCUCUCAAAGCAUGUGAACAAUCAUCAUACAAAGAGAAGAAAGGAUAUAUGGUAACAAUAACAUCAAAGAAAGAGAAUGAUUGGAUCAUUCAACAGUAUAAACUUAGGUCAGAUAUGCAGGAUACAAGGUUCUGGAUAUCAGGUCAAUCGACAAAGAGUGAACCAGGUGUUUUCUAUUAUACAUCUGGUCCAGAGAAUGGACAACCACUAUACAAUGUCUACACUGAUGAGUGUGGAAUAUUCUGCUCCUGGAAUAUAUAUGAACCUAAUAUCAACUCUAAUGAAACGAGCAUCGUGAUGUCCACCAACCUCAUCAACAUCAAUCAUCUGGCACUCUGGGAUAACUGUGAUCCAACAACUUCAUUAGGCUAUCUAUGUGAAUAUGGUGGAUUGGAAGAUCCAUUCAUCCCUCCAGUGAGGACCGUAGGUGGGGAUGUUGUAAUCAAUAAUAUUGUUAAUAUGACAUUGGUGCCAAGAGCAACAUCAUCAAGUGAUUACACCAUCACGUUUGUUGGUGAGGACAAAGGAAAGAUGUUCAGUGGCACAAAUAUUAAGAUCCUGUCCAACACCUCGUUGUCAACUACCAUCCCACCAGGCUCAGGAACAUUCAAUGUAUCAAUCACAUCAUUAUUCCUCACAAACACUUCAGUGCCCUGUGCCAAUAUCAAUUGGCUGGCACCUGGCGCCAUCACAUGUCAAGUUACCAAAGACCUCUCGAACGAAGUCCUUGUCCCCAUCACCAUUGCCACAGACUCUGUCUACACGAUCACAAACAAGCCACCAUUCUAUGAUAUGGAGAUGAACUCGGUCUAUACAUGCUUUAGGACAUUCACAGAUGUAUACCAGUAUGCGCAUAGCCAGAGUGUUCAAGGAAUGAAUGGAAUCUUAUCUUUCGUUGGUACAAAGAGUGUCAAGAAUAACACGGCUAGCAUGUGUCCAGGUGGCACAGUGGAUUGGUAUGGCAAUAGUGUACAUUGGAUCGAUGCAUACUACUCUGUAGCAUUGAAGGAUGUCUCUGGACAUCUACUUAUAGACGAUGGUCCGAUGAAGGACACCCAACCGUACAUUGACGUUUCGAUCCCCCUUCCAACCGCCUCCCCUGGAGUCCCAUACUACUACUCGCCUCGAUAUAGUGGCUACAAACGAGCAAUCCCUCCAUCACCCUACAUAGGAGUGUUCACAGAGCUACUAAUGAACACAACCAUGACAAACAUUACAGCCCCCAUUGACGAUAUGCCAACCGAGGGAAUGACUAAGAAUGUCCCAUACGGCAGGCGUGGACAACCUUUUGACACGUUAACAGUAACAUACCAGGGCGUGCAAUACUCCAUCCUAAGGGACUUCUACUCGGCAACACUUGCACUACCCAUCCCUCCUGGAUACGGCCAGUCCCACGCCCUUCAGAUCAUACAUAAGCAGUUUGGACUGGGUCCCGUCAUCGUCACCAACUACAACGUCAACUAUGGUGCCCCAUUCAUCACAUCUAUAUUGCCACCAGUAGGUGUCAAUGGAGGACUAGUGACCGUGUCUGGAUUCAACUUCUAUUCCAACUCUUCAUUGGUAUCAGUGUCGAUUGGUCAAUCAAAGUGUUUGAAUGUCAAGUUCUUGGAGGCGCACAUGUCGGUAACAUGCCAACUGCCAUCACCAAUGGUUGGAAAUCUACAUUUAGGGCAAGCUUCAACAUUGUCAGUUGGUGGCAUUGUAUCAAUACCAUUCUCAACCCAAAUCAUGGCACCAGUGAUUGAGUGGGCCACGCCAGGCAGAUUGAACCAGACCACUCUGAUCACCAUCGUUGGCAACUACUUCUCGCCAUGGAACUUGACAGUGGCCAUUAGUGGCGUGCCCUGUUACGCGCCAGCCAACCUCAAGACAGCGUUCAUCAACGAGACGAUGCUGCAGUGCAUGUUUGACGGCACAGUGCCCAUCCCAGCCGGCUCGAUUGAGUCACUCCCUGUCAACGUCACAACGCAGACCCUCACCAACACCAAGCAGGUGUUCUACUACAUCAAUGAGACACAAACGAACUGCAGCGAUCAUGGUGUAUCUGUGGGUGGCAAAUGUGUGUGCAGAGCUGGAUGGAUUGGCGAACAAUGCUCAGUCAACACCAUCCCAGCACAGACUCCAGUGAUCGAUGGUGGCACGGUGAUCAGUCCAUCCGACACAUUAUCAUUCAACACAUCAAUUGUAUACAUGCGCGAGAUUGACAACAUGGACGCAACAGUCAAGACCCUGGUCAUGUCAUCAAUCAAAUGGACCAACUCCACCAAUGCCAAUGACGAUGGUACCCAGCUCAUUGGCCAAUUCGCAGGCGAGAAUAUCACUGUUGGCUUGCACAUCCAAUACUUUAAGGACGAUACUAUCGUCCACUUCACAGGCGAGGACAUCCACAUUGCUGCCAACUCUGUAAAGUUCACCGUAUCAAUUGCUAAAUGGCCAUUCUCAAACAAUGUCAAUACUUUGCAAUUGGUCAUUGCCAGCCAGACUGCCAAAGAGAAGAACCCAUGCAUACAGACCACUGCGCGCAAUGGUGUCAACUCUUACUACAUAGAGUCUGGACGCUCAGUGCUCUACGCGUCAUUCGCCAGCCAUCUUUAUGUUGAUGGACGUGUAGUCAAGUCCACUUUGGAGGACAUCUCAGCCAAUGACACACUCUACACAUCACUGCCUCAGAACAGCAUGAGUGACUUUGUCUAUUUGACAUCAGUACGUGUGCCACACUUUGACAAGGAGUGUAUUGUAGAUCCAAGCUUCCAGUCUUUGGUCAAGGUUGAGAAGGAUACACCAUGUGGAUCAUCAUCUGGCAAUGGCAAUACAAAGGUGAUCAUCAUUGUGGUUGUAUGUUCUAUCAUUGGAGCUGGUAUCAUUCUAGCCGGUAUACUAUUGUUUAAGAAGUACAAGUAUCAAUUGAUGAGAAUGCAUCGUUCCAAGAAUGUAAUCAACAUGAAAACCAGAGAA